AUGUCCAGGACAGAACGCUCCAUCACCAAUGGGCAUGCGGUUUCUUCUGAACAAAAUGGAGACCGCGCGAACGCUCACCUCCCGAUUGACGUGUUCAACGCCAGCUCCGUUGCGGAGAUCAAGGCCGCCCUGUCACACCUCCAUGACCAAGAGGUCGCCGUCACCGCUCGGCUGGACGCCCUUGUCGCUUCACAGAAAGAUUUCUCCCGGGAGCUAGGGCGGCUAGAUCUUCUUCGCGCCCAUUUGGGUUCCCAGACCAGCACCACCCACGCAAUCAGCCAUGGCAUGUUGUCCGACGCUGCGGCUACCGCAGAUCGCAUCUCGAGUGCCGUCCGUCGGCUCGACCUGCAGCAGUCAAGAGUGAAAGCGACGCUGGAAGUGGUAGAGCAGGUUUCGGAGCUGAAGGCUUGCGUUCUGGGGGUUGCAGGCUCCAUGGGGGCCCCGCAGGACUGGGAAACGGCGGCCAGUUAUCUGAACAGGGCGUCCAGGGUACCUCCGGAGGUGGCUCAUGGUACUUUUGCAGCCGAGAUGGUGCCGACUGCUGAGGUUCCUGACCCGCCAAAUGUCACUCUGGAUAAUGCGGCUGAAUCGCUUUGCGGCUUAUUCCUGCGCGAGUUCGACAAGGCCGUCAAAGAGAACGAUGGCGCCAAGGUUACACGGUUCUUCAAGCUGUUUCCUCUUAUUGGUCGCUCUGAGGUUGGUCUGGAUGUGUAUGGGCGCUAUGUAUGCCAAGGAGUGGCAUCGCGGGCGCGAGCGAACCUCAAUGCCGGCACGGGAGGUGCUCAAAGCAAAGAUGGCUUCUUCUACGCAAAUGCGCUGACGAAACUGUUUGAGCAUAUUGCCCAGCUCAUCGAUGGACAUGGAGGUCUUGUGGAGCGCCAUUACGGCCCGCGGAAGAUGAACAGGGUCAUUGAACGUCUACAACUCGAGGCAGAUCUCCAGGGUGGGAUUAUUCUGGACACCUGGAACGACGAGCGGCACGUCGAUCGCAAGCUUACGGACAUCAAAUCGUAUGCUUUCACUUUCUUGGUGCAGAGUUUUCUUCCCGCUCAACGCAGUGCAACGCCUCGGUCGAAUUCCCCGGCGACUCGCGAAGGGCUCCCCGCUGAAGACGAGGGGGUAGACAUGAAAGAGAUCGACGGGCUACUAAACGAAAUGGCAGUCAUGCUGGGCCGCUGGUCUCUCUACUGUCGAUUCAUCGCUGAAACUUGCAAUGUAAGUUAUCUGACUGUCUCAACAAGCCUUUGGAUGAACAUAUUCAGAAAGCUGACACUGUGCAAGGCCACCGAGGACGAGAGUCAAAAGUUUACACCACCCAAGUUUCUACAGGAAGCGAGUCUUUCCAAGAAAAUCACUGACCGUCUGACCAAUCCAUUCAAUACUAUGACGACUUUUUUCUUCCGUCGCUCGGUUGAAAAGGCGUUUCAGUUGGAUGAGCAGCCUUCUGGUCUGACCCUGCACCCUCAAAAGCCAUUGAAGGCAGAUCCUCCUCAUAUCACAUCUGCAGUGGACGACAUCAUGUAUAUUGUCAACAAGGUCUUGCAACAGUCACUGGCCACGUCACAAGUCUCGGUAGUGACUAAUGUCGUCCCCACAUUGGGACGAGUUCUUGGAUCGGACUUCAUCGGAAUGACCCAAAGAAAGAUGCGUGAUGAAUGCUAUCCCAAAGCGCCCGUCCAGGGGGCUCAGCCGCCUGAACAGACCGUAAUCUCUUUUCUGGUCUUGAUCAACAACCUGGAUGUUGCCGUCGACUACAUACGCCGCAUUGUGCAGAACCACACCGAGACGAAAAAGACCAUCACUGGCCCGGAUGGUCAAGUUGAGGAAACUGACCAGCUGAGGUCCUUGUUCCCCGUGCCUGCAGAAGCCCAACUUGCGGCUCAGACGCUGCAGACCCUCGCCUCGUCCUUCGAGUCCAAGGUGAAUGACCUCCUGUCCGACGGCAUCCAGGUCGUAUUCAACAAUGUCGUCAAGCACCGCCUGCGACCUAUCCUUGCAGAUGCUUUCCGAGACAUCGAAUACCAGCCACGGGACGACAGCGACCCAACGAGCACAGUCUACCACGACUACGGCGAGGGAGACGAGGACGUCGACGACGGCGCCAGCCGAGCGGAGCUGGUCCGUCCCCGCUUCGCCGCCAGCUGGACCGCGCUUCUCCUCCCCAUCUCCCGCAUCCUCACAGCCUUAGCCUUUGAUCGCCUUCUGAACGUCACAGUCGCAUAUCUAGCCCGUCUGCUCGAGAAGCGACUAUGGUCAUACCACGGACGGAUCAACGCACUAGGCGCCACCCGACUGGAGCGCGACGUCUCGGGCGUGGUAAGCGCAGCGGUGGACGUCGGCGGCGCCCAGGGGGCCUCAGGACGAUACCGACACCGGGAGGCGUUCGCCCGCUGCCUGCAGAUGGUGCUGGUGAUGGGCAUGGACGACGACGAAUGGGAGGAUGUCACCCGCGGCGGCGAAACGGCAGACGUGCUCGAUAAGAUCAAUCGGGAGGAGCGCGCGCGCAUCCGUGCAAUGGUGCGGCGGUGA